UACGAGUCGACUCAUAAUCUGGACAAUUCCUAACGAAGACCGACGAGACGUGGCGUCCAAAGACCAAAGGCAAACAGUUCCUUCCGAACAAGCUACACCGCCGCCGCCGAAAUCCUGCUGGUAGCCGAUGGACGGGGACACGCCGGUUUACGAAGCGAUCCCGGACCCCCUCCAUGGCGUCAUCGACUUCGUGGGCGACGCCUUUGUGCUUGGCGCGGUGGGCGGCUCCGCCUUCCACUUCGCCAGGGGCUUCCGCCGCGGCUCGCCCGGCGGCCUUGCCGGCGCCGUCGGCGCCGUCCGCGCAAACGCGCCCCGCAUCGCCGGCAAGUUUGGCGCCUACUGCGCCGUCUUCUCCGCCAUCGAGAGCGCCGUGUCCUUCGCGCGCCGGAGGGAGGACUCCUGGAGCUCCAUCGCCGCCGGCGCCGCCACCUGGGGCCUGCACGCUUUGCACCGGGGCGCCCCCGCCCCCGCCGCCGCGCGCUCCGCGCUCCUCGGCGCAUCAGGCGUCGCGGUAGUCCUGGGCGUCACUUGGACCUCUACACAGUGGGGCGACCGCUUUUUCUCCAGCCUCCGCCGAAAGCGGAUGAAUCGCGGACUGCCAUCGCCCCAAGCCGAGCGGCUCCUGGGUAUCCCGCCGCCGGCGCCCAUUGUGGUUGAGGAGGUCUCCGUCGGGUACAAGUGAAAAAGGCAAGAUCAUCAUGGGACACCAGAUCAUUUGGUAUGGAACAGAAGUUCCAAUGACUCCUAGGGACGGCUGGACAGUUUUUUUUCUUUCUUUCUUUUUUCUUUUUCUUUUUUGAGAUGGACAAUAGGUUGAUAGAGAACAGUAGGCUUAUGCUUAUGCUUGAAUUCCAGGGCACAAUCUGAUUUGAGUUAUUCACUAGAAUCACAUAUAAGCUUUUUAAUUGUAUAUAAUAAGUUUGUGAGUGUUAGUCUUUUAAUCAUAUAGUAUGCCCCUAUGGAGAGCAAUGCAACUCGAAAAUUCUUUAUAGAGAUGUAUAUAAUAGUUCAAUUUUUAAGUGGGAAAUUGAGAUUUAAGGAUG